UUGUCAAGCUCUUAUUGGUUUACAUCAGCAUUAAUGUUUGAAAGUGCCUGUCCUCGAGCUUUACAUCCUCUCGCUCUUGGUUAGACACAAAUAUGGGAUUAAUUCACGCUCUCCGCGGCUUCAUCAAAUCAUUUUUGGUCGUUCUUUUGUGGUCCAAAUGCCAGGGUCGGGAGUCCGAGUUCAACUAUGUCACUUGCGGUUCACUUGUGAAAUUGCUGAACACGAGACACAACGUUCGGCUGCACUCCCAUGAUGUCAAAUACGGCUCAGGCAGUGGGCAGCAGUCUGUGACGGGCGUCGAGAGUGCAGAUGAUGCCAACAGUUACUGGAGGAUUCGGGGGAAGCCCAACGGGACCUGCCAACGCGGCGUGCCCAUCCAGUGUGGGCAGGCCAUCCGCAUCACGCACAUGACCACGGGACGCAACCUCCACACACACCACUUCAGCUCGCCGCUGUCCAACAACCAGGAGGUGAGUGCGUUUGGUGAGAACGGCGAGGGGGAUGACCUGGACGUGUGGAGGGUGCAGUGUGACGGCUCCAUCUGGGAGCGGGACGAGGCGGUGCGCUUCAAACACGUUGGCACAGACGCCUUCCUGACCGUGACGGGCGAGCAGUACGGCAACCCCAUCCGGGGGCAGAGGGAGGUGCACGGCAUGGGCACUGCCAACCAGAACAACUACUGGAAGGCUAUGGAGGGUGUCUUCAUUCAGCCCAGCCAGGAGCCGCUGAGACACAAUCAUGAAGAGUUCUGAUGACGUCGUCGACACUGCACCACGACGAGCUCUGAUGACGUCAUCAGACAUCACAUAACACACCUAGGUUACAUCUGAAAUUAACCCUAUUCCCUAUUGCAUAAUAUACACUGAGUGUACCAAACAUUAAGAACACCUUCCUAAUAUUGUCUUGCACC